CGGCGCCGCCCUCACAGCAGCUUUGACUCCAGCCGCGGACGUCACGCGGAGGCUUUCUUCUGCCUACAAAAACCUCGUUUUCAGAUGGGAGCCGUCGCCUAGCGUUCAGACCUCAGCCUCGCCGACUUACCGCUCAGCGCGUCUGGCUCACUAAAAGGGUCGUCUGGUCCAUCAAGCAGCAGCGCCAUGGCGGCCAUUCCAGCGGGCGGUUCUCUAGUGGCCACCACAGACUACUACCGAAGGCGCAUUGGAUCGACAUCCAGCAGCAGUUCGUGUGGCAGUUCGGAGUACAGCGGCGAGGUCAUUCCUCACCAUCCAGGACUUCCCAAGCAGGACUCUGGUCACUGGUGGUCCAGUUUCUUCUUUGGGAAGCAGCCAGGAAUGACACCUCUGACUGAGGAGGCCCAGCAGAGGGUGGGUCUUCCGGGUGUGCGGACCAACGGCGACAUCACCUGCGUUGCCAAGGAGAUGGUGAUGCAACGCCAGGUGAGCGAGGGCGGCGACGCCGGAAGCCCCGCCUCCUCUUGAUGCCGCCGACACAUUCUCACGUCCACGCCCGACGCUAGGUGACGGGAGGACGCCCCGUUUACAUUUUUUUCUUUUGUACUAGUAGUUUAGAAUGGUGUGUUGUAACUUUAUUGAUGAUGUCAUACUUGUGUAUUUGUACACCAUAAGAACCUUUUUUUUUUCACUUUGUCACCCUGGUUGGAAACUAAAUGCAAUAAACGGUUGCAUCUUA